UUUUGGUUUUAUUAUUUGGUAAUUCGUACCACAUUUUCUUCUUAAAAGGUCGUUUUUUCCAACUUCUGAAAACUUCGUUGCUAAGAAGUCUUCGCAUGUCGUAACGCGUCUUCUUCUUCGUCUUUCCUCUUAUAACUCUUCCAUUCAAAGAAAGACAACAUAGACUAUCCUCUCUAUCUCUCUCUCCCUCUGCAACUCGGCCAUGGGGAAGAAGCUUGACGCUUUGCUUGGUCGGAGUUUCAAGAUCAACAAGUUCAAGUCUCUUCUCAACUUAGCUCUCACAAGGCUCUCUAUCCUCAAGAACCAACGUCAAGCCAGACUCUCUCAAGCCGUCUCUGAUGUCACAGAGCUUCUUAAGCUCGGCCACCACGAGCACGCUUACCAUAGAGUCGACCAACUUGUCAAAGAGCAAAACACCCUCGACGUUCUCUUCUUCAUCCAUGGCUACUUCACUCUCUGUCAAGACCGUAUUCACCUUUUCGAACACAACAGAGAUUGUCCUGAAGAGCUUUUAGAAGCUGUUUCUGGUUUGCUCUUUGCAGCUUCUAGAAUCGGAGAAUUUCCUGAGCUUCAAGAGAUUCGUAAUGUUUUGAUUUCGCGUUUUGGCAAAGACCUCGCGGCUCGGUCUAUUGAGUUGCGCAGUAAUAGUGGGGUCGAUCCCAAAAUAAUUCAGAAGUUGUCAACAAGACAUCCACCGAGAGAAGUUAGAAUGAAGGCUUUAAAGGAGAUCGCUGCAGAGAAUAACAUUAUUUUGAAACUAGAAGAAGCUUCUACGUCCACUGAGGGAACAACAAAUAAGCAGGGAACAUCAGAUGUCACUAAGGCUAAGCUAGCAAGUGAAGAUGGAGAAGAUGAGAUAGGAGAAGGCUAUGGUUUAUCUGACUCGGUCAAAAGAGGAAAGAAGAAGUACAAAGAUGUGGCUGAUGCAGCACAAGCAGCAUUUGAGUCAGCGGCACAUGCAGCAGAGGCUGCAAGAGCGGCUGUGGAGCUUUCUCAGUUUUCUCCUCGUGGACCAGACACUCCUCGUGGACCAGGAGGGGAAAAUUCAUUUAAUGAUUCUAAAAACAAGGAAUCAGAACAAGAACAGAAAGGUAAUGAUGAUUAUUCAGAAGGUAAAGGGUAUGUGAGGUCAGAAUCUAAGAGUUCGAUGUCGGAUUCAGAAGACAUUAUUGAUGAAGUCCCAGUGAUGUCAUUUAGAGAAGACCCUGUGAAGCUAUUGGAGAAGGAUACUGUUAUCUACGAUAGUGAAGAAGAAACCCAACUUGGUGUUCAGAGUAAUACUAUUACUAAGGUUAAAGAUGAGCCAAGUCUUAUGGAUGGUACAAAUAGAGCGGAUACAGGACUCGUGGAUCACAUGGUUCAUUCAAUUGACGAUCCUAUUCUGCGUAAAGUGGGUAUGAAGAGUCCGAUUUCAGUCAGAACCAGAGGAGUUCGUGGAUACUAAGGGAUAAGAAGUAUAUAUAUUUUAUUUUUUCAGGUGCAAUCAUAUGGUUUAGUGGCUGAGUUUUGUACAAUCUUUCUAUGUUCUCUGUUUUUUUUGGGUAAUGAUGUAAGAUUACGGUAUUCUUUAUGGAUAUAAGCUUUAAUUAUGUUGAGCAGUAUGCA